AUGGACCACGACUCCUCCUCCUCCAUCUCCUCCGGCUACUGGAUCGAAUGGUUCCUCGGCUCAAAAGGAAACGAGUACUUUUGCGAAAUCGACGAAGACUAUAUCACGGACCGCUUCAACCUCACAGGUUUAAACGCGGAGAUCGGACCCCAUUAUGCGGACGCGUUGGACAUGGUCACGGAUUGUUGGGAGGGAGAUGAAAAUAUUCGGGAAGAUGUCGAGAGUUGCGCGAGACACUUUUAUGGCUUGGUACAUGCGCGGUAUAUCAUCACCAUCAAGGGAUUGCAAAAGAUGCUCGAGAAGUACAAGAAACACGACUUUGGCCGCUGUCCCCGCGUCCUAUGUUCCUCCCACCCCCUCCUCCCAAUCGGAACCUCUGACCUCCCAGGACAAGACAGCGUAAAACUCUACUGCCCCCGCUGCGAAGACAUCUACACCCCAAAAUCCCCACGACAUGGCUCAAUCGACGGCGCCUACUUCGGGACUUCGUUCCCCCACAUGUUACUCGCACAAUACCCACAGUUGGUGCCGAGUGGGAAGGGGAGGUAUGUGCCGAGGAUUUUUGGGUUUGGGGUUAAUGAGGUGGGCAAGUUGCAGAGGUGGCAGGAUGGGCAAAGUGAGGCGCAGAGGAGGAGGUUGGCGGAGCCGUUGGAGGGACGGCCUGGGAGUAGAGAUGUGAUGUCGCCGAUGGAGCAGUGA